UCAGACGCCAGGAAACCCAGUAGUUCCAAGUAUCAUGCAUUAUUUCAUUUCGGCGCAAAAGAACAGGUUCAUUGAUUGUGAUGACCACAAUCACAUCACGAAACAUCUUUGCAUCUCAGAUUUACCUUUGAUACUUUACAUUCCAAUAAACGUUCCUGACAAACAGUUGCUGAGCUUCUUACUUAGCAUUAGUAAGUUAAAGAUACAUCCCGCGACAAAGAGAUCGUUCAUAUUAUAAUGAUUAAAGGGGUUAUUUACUGUUGCAAUUUUCUUGAUUUUUUUCCGACAACUUAGUAACUGUUUAUUAAAAAAAUGUCAGCAGCAUCGAUUGAUACAUGUUGUGGGAUAUUUAUAAAAAAUAAAGUUUUGAGAAAACAAUUUUAAAAUAGCGGAUGGGAAUGGCUUGCCCACCGUAAGUCAUUCCCAGAAAAAGCAGAAAAAGUGCUGCCACACGAAAUCUCAAUAACAGUUUAUCCAAAAUCAAAAUUUCACAAAAUUCCAUUAGUAUAUCGUAUUGUUCACGCCACGGUUUUAACAAAAUGUUUACUUUUUCGAGUUGUUAAAUUUUCAAUUUUUUUACUUAAAAAAAUAUAGCAAAACCAAAAAUCCUUAAGUUAACGACUAGCUAUUAUCAUAAUAAAUAAGUGGUAAAAAUUUGGCGUUGAUUGGCUUAGUGGUUUUCCCGUAAUCGUGUCCACCGCGAAGGACUUUCACAAAAACACAAU